AUGGAGCUAGCCAAGAGAACCAAAGUCAGGAUUAGAGGGCCGGUUAGGACCACCGGCGCCAACAACCCUCCUUUCAUCUCCCCGAUAUUCGUGCCCCCGCCGCCUAGGGCGACGUCGGCCGAGAGAUUACACGGAGAACCGCAUCGUCGUCCCUGGCCAACAUCGACGGUAUUCUUCAGCGGGCCGCGAGACACUGACACCAAGUGAUCGACCCCCGGGUCCUACAUUGUUGUAGGAGACUUCAAUACCCACCAUCCCGACUGGGGCCCCCGCGCCCGCCCUAGCCCCAAGGUGGACAUGAUCAGGGCCUGGAUAGCGGCGAGGCCCUUCACAUCCUUAGCUUUGAGGGCCCGACACACCGCGGCGGUGGGACUAUUGAUCUCGCCCCUGGCCCAGCCAGGGUUUUCGUGGAGUUCGCCCAUUGGGCCUGAGACCACCGCGCGAAGGUGGUCUCAGUGCCCGGCCGCCCCCCAGCCGCCUGCUCCCGCCAAGGUGCCUCCCCAGGUCCCGCUUCGAGGAAGGUUACCCGGCUACUCCAAUCCUUGCUCCCCCCCAGCCCCGGCCAACUUGCCGACCGGGAAGAGCUCGAACACUUUUGUCUGGUCCGUCUUCGACGUCCUCUCCGGGGUCAUGGGCCGCUCCUCUAACCCGCCCCGACAAGCACACAAACAGCGCUCCCUGGCGGUCAGAGAUACGGAGCAGGUGACCGCGUACUUGGCCAUCCAAGUCUUCCGUCUUGCUAGGGCGCAAGAAGGCUCCCGCCCGGCCUGGCUCGGUCCCCACCUUCCUCCUGGGUGGGCGGCGAGGCUCGCUGCGCCGCCCGACGACGUGGAGCUCAAGGACGCCUUUCUUGGAGCCGCCUCCAACACUCCAGGCCCAGAUGGGGUGCCACUAGCAUUCGUGAGGCACGCCUGGGGGUUCAUACGCCCGGCUGCCCGGGCUAUUGCCGAAGGCUGCAUCGCGCUCGGGGUCUUCCCUAGGGCUUUCAAACAAGUGACUGUGGUCACCCUAUCAAAGCCGGGUAGGGACCCCCGGUUAUACAAAGGCUGGCAGCCCAUUACCCUCCUGUCGACAUUCGGCAAGGGGUUGGGAGAGGCGUAA